AUGUCGCUUUUACAGUCCCUCCUGCACCUCACAAAUUUCAAGAGCCCCUUGCUGCGGACUCUGGUGCCCGCCGUCUCCGCAGCUUAUGCCAUACAAGCGGCCUUCGCUUUACCGUCGAUCCUCGCUCAGAACGAACGCUUCUACGACUUCUCCGGCUCUCUCACAUACCUCUCCGUUACCGCCCUAAGCCUGUAUUUGCCCGCCCUGCGUGCAAAGUACACGCCGACGCUUGCCAAUGCUUCGAUAUCGAUGCCCAGUCUUCUUGCGCCCUUCACGAGUCCUGGUGGCGUGGGAUCACUGAACUGGAGACAGGUUGUCCUUAGUGGUGCUGUCAUUUUCUGGGCUGUCAGAUUGGGGUCAUAUCUCUUCCAGCGUAUCUUGGAAGAAGGCAAAGAUUCCCGCUUCGACGAGAUCAAAAAGUCACCGGCCAGGUUUGCCGGCGCCUUCUUCGCCCAAGCCACCUGGGUCUCGCUCUGUCUCAUGCCCGUUAUCGCCCUGAAUGCCGUUCCCGCCUCUGCCUUUGCCGCUCUGCCGGCAUUCAAGGCCUCUGAUGCCCUCGGCCUGCUCGUCUACGUUGCUGGUUUCGCAUUCGAGAUCACGGCUGAUCGGCAGAAGAGCAAAUGGCUGCGGGAAAGACGCGAGAAGGCUCAUGAUCAGCAAUUUAUGACCAGUGGUCUCUGGAGCGUCAGCUUAGCUGGGCCCUUUACCGCGGCGGCUCUGUCCUACGUUAGCCCAGCCUUUGUAAGUUUCCUCCUGCUCAAGGUUUCCGGAGUGCCCAUGAGCGAGAAGAAGUACGACAAGCGCUACGGCGACCGCAAGGACUAUCAGGAGUGGAAGAAGAGCACCCCCAAGCUGUUUCCCAAGAUCCUGUGA